GAAUCUACCCUCACUGCACGGCCAACUUUUUCCUCGUGAAAAUGGAGCAACUUUAGUUGUUGUUUUGGUCAUAAAAUCUUUAAUUGUUGUCAUUAGGAUCUAGUAAGAUAUACAUUGAUCCACACCCUUAAAGGAUUCCGAACGUCGUUUUCCUCAACUCUUGGAUUCCAACCUCCAUACUCUCUCGAAAUGGCUCAAAGAGGAAGUGGGGAUAGGGUGGAAAAAGGGGUUGCCGGAGAAGAUGAGGAAGUGCAGAAUCCAAACCAGAAGGACUCGAGGCUUAAAGGAGAAGAUAUUUCUGUGGAGAGGUUGUUCCUGAGUCGAGAGGUGCCGCCAUGGAGGAAUCAGCUGACAAUAAGAGCUCUUGUGGUGAGCCUUUUGCUGAGCGUGCUGUUCAGUUUCAUAGUAAUGAAACUGAAUCUCACCACCGGGAUUAUACCUUCCCUCAACGUCUCUGCUGGCCUUCUGGGUUUCUUCUUCGUCAAAACUUGGACCAAAUUCUUGGAUAAAUCUGGCAUGUUGAGGCAGCCGUUUACGAGACAGGAGAACACUGUCAUUCAGACAUGUGUCGUUGCUUCCUCUGGCAUAGCCUUUAGUGGUGGUUUUGGGAGCUACCUCUUUGGAAUGAGUGAACGAAUAGCCAACCUAUCCUCAGACAAGAGUGACUUCAAAAACCCAUCAUUAGGAUGGAUUAUUGGAUUUCUCUUUGUCGUCAGCUUUCUUGGCCUCUUCUCUGUUGUACCUCUAAGGAAGAUUAUGAUCAUUGACUUCAAAUUGACAUAUCCGAGUGGUACUGCAACUGCUCAUCUUAUCAACAGCUUCCACACUCCUGAAGGAGCCAAAUUAGCAAAGAAACAAGUGAGAACAUUGGGAAAAUUCUUUACUUUCAGUUUCUUAUGGGGCUUCUUUCAGUGGUUCUAUACUGCCAGUGAUGACUGUGGAUUUCAAUCCUUCCCUUCACUGGGGCUCAAAGCAUACAAAUACAAGUUUUAUUUUGAUUUCUCCACAAUUUAUGUUGGAGUAGGAAUGAUUUGCCCAUAUAUUAUAAAUGUAUCAGUGCUCCUCGGAGGAAUUCUUUCUUGGGGAAUCCUGUGGCCUCUCAUAGAACGCAAAAAAGGCCAAUGGUACUCUGCAGACCUUCCUGAUUCUAGCCUAAGUGGCCUCCAAGGUUAUAAGGUAUUUAUUGCCAUAGCCAUGAUCCUGGGAGAUGGUUUGUAUAACUUCGUUAAGGUGCUAAGUCAUACCCUCGUAGGCAUGUAUAACCAAGUCCGAGAAAGACAAAGGGAGAAUGAACUUCCUGUUGCAGAUCAAAACUCAUCCAUGACCUCACACCUUUCUUAUGAUGAACAGCGCCGCACCCAACAUUUCCUCAAAGAUCAAAUACCGGCAUAUUAUGCUAUUGGGGGCUAUGUUGCAAUAGCUGCUGUCUCUGUAGCCACACUUCCACACAUCUUUCAUCAACUGAAAUGGUACUACAUAUUGGUUAUCUACCUUCUUGCUCCCACUUUAGCAUUCUGCAAUGCUUAUGGAGCUGGGUUAACCGAUUGGUCCCUUGCAUCCACCUAUGGAAAGUUGGCCAUAUUCACUAUUGGGGCAUGGGCUGGAGCCUCACAUGGUGGGGUUCUUGCAGGCCUCGCUGCGUGUGGAGUAAUGAUGAACAUAGUCUCCACAGCCUCGGACUUGAUGCAGGAUUUCAAGACUGGCUACCUCACAUUAUCUUCACCUCGGUCUAUGUUUGUGAGCCAAAUUAUAGGCACAGCAAUGGGCUGUGUGGUCUCUCCAUGUGUUUUCUGGAUUUUCUAUAAAGCAUUUCAUGACCUGGGGAGCCCCAAAAGUGAGUACCCUGCUCCUUAUGCAGUCGUGUACCGGAACAUGGCCAAAUUGGGGGUGGAAGGCUUCUCAUCUCUGCCAAAGGAGUGUCUUCUGCUUUGCUAUAUUUUCUUUGGUUCUGCCGUUGUGAUAAACUUGAUCAAAGACUUGAUGGGUAAGAGAGGGUGGUUCAUACCACUUCCAAUGGCCAUGGCCAUUCCCUUCUACAUAGGACCAUACUUUGCCAUUGACAUGUGUGUUGGAAGUCUGAUCCUGUAUGUGUGGGAGAGGUUGAACAAGGCUAAAGCAGAUGCUUUUGGUCCUGCAGUAGCUUCUGGUUUGAUCUGUGGGGAUGGGAUAUGGACUCUGCCUGCUUCAAUACUUGCUCUUGCUGGAGUUAAGCCACCGAUUUGCAUGAAGUUCUUGUCCAGGGCAACGAAUGACAGGGUUGAUACUUUCUUAGGUCAUUAGAGGUGUAGUUUUGGCUUCAAAUUAAUGUCUUGUUCAAAGCCUUUAGUUUAUUACUGCCUUGUAAAUCUUCACCUUCAAAACUUUUGCAAAGCAAACGUAGGUUUGCGUAAAAUAGUUACCGGUUAUUAUCUUACACCAGAAAAGUAUGCUUCCUUAUGGUGAGUUGGGAUGAAGUUCAGUCAUUAGUGUAAUGUAUAAUGGGUUAUUAUAGGAAUUGCAUUGAGCUCUCUAAUUCUAGUUUCUAGUUGGAGAAUGUA